AAUAUUUAAGAUGCUGAGUCUGUAGAGUGUUCAGGGAAAGAAGGGAAAGGUAUAGGGAGGCCAAUUAAUUUGCACUUUUAAACUGAAGCUUUGACAAAGGCUAAGAAAGAGCAAGGGAAGAGAAAGCAAGAGCGUGGUUAGCCCAUCCAGGGAGAAAGUGCACACUUGUAAUUUGCUCCAGCUUUGCAGACCUCAGCUGGGCAUAUCCAGAUCCCCAAAAGGAAGAUCAUUCCUCACCCAGGCCCAAGAAAGAUGCUGAAAAAGACUCUCUCAGAGGUGACCUGGCUCUGCAUUUUCAUCAUGGCCUUUGUCAGCCCCCCAGCGUGGCCACAGAAGCCCCCAAAACGCAAGACACCCGUGCAGCUCCAAGUGGCCACCUGCUGUGAGGAGGCAAAGGAGCUCAAGGCCCAGAUCGCCAAUCUAAGCAGGCUGCUAAGUGAACUGAGCCAGAAGCAGGAGAGGGACUGGGUCAGCGUGGUCAUGCAGGUGAUGGAGCUGGAGAGCAGCACCAAGCGCAUGGAGUCACGGCUCACAGACGCGGAGAGCAAGUACUCGGAAAUGAACAACCAGAUUGACAUUAUGCAGCUGCAGGCGGCCCAGACUGUCACCCAGACCUUGGCAGAUGCCAUCUAUGACUGCUCGUCCCUCUACCAGAAGAACUACCGCAUCUCUGGAGUGUACAAGUUGCCUCCUGAUGACUUUCUGGGCAGCCCCGAGCUGGAGGUGUUCUGUGACAUGGAGACAUCAGGCGGCGGCUGGACCACCAUUCAGAGACGGAAGAGUGGCCUUGUUUCCUUCUACCGGGACUGGAAGCAGUACAAGCUGGGCUUUGGCAGCAUCCGUGGGGACUUUUGGCUGGGGAAUGAGCACAUCCACCGGCUGUCCAGACGGCCAACCCGGCUACGUGUGGAGAUGGAGGACUGGGAGGGCAGCGUGCGCUACGCGGAGUACAGCCACUUCGUCCUGGGCAACGAACUGAACAGCUACCGCCUCUUCCUGGGGAACUACAGUGGCAACGUGGGGAACGACGCCCUGGUCUACCACAACAACACGGCCUUCAGCACCAAGGACAAGGACAACGACAACUGCUUAGACAAGUGUGCACAACUCCGCAAAGGCGGCUACUGGUACAACUGCUGCACAGACUCCAACCUCAACGGAGUGUACUACCGCCUCGGGGAGCACAACAAGCACCUGGACGGCAUCACCUGGUACGGGUGGCACGGGUCUAGCUACUCCCUCAGGCGGGUGGAGAUGAAAAUCCGCCCGGAAGACUUCCAGCCCUAAGUGGAGGCCUGCUGUGGGGCAGGGGUGGGAAAAUGGGGACAAAUGGAGGCUGGGUGAGGGCGGGGGAAGGGCAGGAAGGGGGUAGAGAAAGGUAGGGAUGGAAAAUGGCCUACAAUCACCAAUGAGAGAUCAGGAGCACAACCAAAUUUAAGUACGAGGGAUGAAUUAUUUGAACACAAUGGGUUAUCACACAUACUUCUCAGGGGGCUGGCCCGAGGGGGCUCUCUCUCUGUCCGUGAUCCCUGACAGACACUAAAAGCUUCUCCUUUCCAUUUGAUUUUUUCUGUGAAAGAAAAAUAAUUAUGACAUCACUUUACCUAUUCAGUUGAAGGCCUAGGUGUAUGAGGGCAGAAAACAGAUCCCUCACCUAAAAAAGAACCCUGUGAUUUUGAUCCUCAAGGAGAGGUCUUGGGUGUUAGAGAAAGGCAUGAAAGAGAGUGGUGGAGGAGAGUUUUGAUUUUUCAAAUCUGAUGAAAUUACCUUCGGUCUACACAUUUUUUUUUUUUAAGACAGAAAUUGUUCCACUGGUGAUGGGCUGAGCCAGGCUGGACUUGCUCAGAGGGGUCUCUGGGGCCCCAGGCCUGGUGGCGGGCCUUUAGCAACUCCCUGCUCUGCCUCUAUCGGGGUGCAAUGCCGAAAGGCAGAAGUGGGUCUAGGGGUGGCUGGGGAGUUCCAGCAGGAGGUGGGGAGAAGUCCCUCAUGGAUGCUUGCACAAAACUGCCUUAAAAUGGUCAGUCAAUACAGACAUAUCUAUUUUUAUUUUUUACUUUGUAAGAAAAGGGCUCAAAGAGCUUUCUCUUUUAACUUGUCUAUAAAAAGUGGCUGCAAAAUGAAGGUGGAUGACACUACGGUUAAUAAUUCAUGCUGUAUGUAAGUAUUUUGCUUUGUAAAAAUAAAAUACUGUAGUAUGUUGUAAACAUGCGGAGUUUCUUUUUCCUUCUACAAUAAAUUCUUCCGAAACUCA